UGCUUGGGGCAGUUGCAUUUGGUUUUCUGGUUUGGCGCACAACGAACGUUGUUUUUAGGUUUCUAUUUUCUGAAACCCAACAACGACAACUUGCUACUUCAGCUAGAGUUCAGCUUCUGUUCUGCACCCCGCACAAUCUUCCUCGCACUUUGAGCAUCCUCGCUAGCCAACAUGUUCAAAUCCUUGUUCGAGGCCGCUCAGAACUCAACGUUCAAGUCGCCAUUCACCAGUGUUAACUGUCAGGCUGCUUCGACGCCCGCGCCUGCGCCCGUGCUGCUGCCCUCAGCCAAAGAUGGAGCUGCCCGUCAGCUAAGCCCAAAUCACAAUUUCGCCGCCGCUGCUGUUGCUCAGGGUGAUUCCUGUGAGUUUGGCUCCAAUCACUAUUUCGUGCUGUGCGGCUUGGGCGGUAUCAUUUCGUGCGGUACGACCCACACGAUGGUGGUGCCCCUCGAUUUGGUCAAGUGCCGUCUGCAGGUGGAUCCGGCCAAGUACAAGAGUGUGGUGAACGGCUUCCGGGUCAGCUUGGCUGAGGAAGGCGUCAGGGGCUUGGCCAAGGGCUGGGCGCCCACUUUCAUUGGCUACUCGAUGCAGGGUCUGUGCAAGUUCGGUCUAUAUGAGGUCUUCAAAGUCAUGUAUGCCAAUGCCAUUGGCGAGGAGAACGCCUUCCUUUACAGAACCGGCCUCUAUUUGGCCGCGUCGGCUUCGGCUGAAUUCUUUGCGGAUAUCGCGCUGUCGCCCAUGGAAGCCGCCAAGGUUAAGAUACAGACAACGCCUGGAUUUGCCAAGACGCUGCGCGAGGCGCUGCCGAAGAUGACCGCACAGGAGGGCAUCUCGGCCUUCUACAAGGGUCUGGUGCCACUCUGGAUGCGACAGAUUCCAUACACCAUGAUGAAGUUCGCCUGCUUCGAGCGCACACUGGAGCUGCUCUACAAGUAUGUGGUGCCCAAGCCACGUGCUGAUUGCACCAAGGGUGAACAGCUGAUUGUUACCUUUGCUGCUGGUUACAUUGCUGGCGUGUUCUGCGCCAUUGUCUCCCAUCCCGCAGAUACCGUCGUCUCUAAGCUGAACCAGGCUAAGGGCGCCAGCGCCAUUGAUGUCGCCAAGCAAUUGGGCUGGUCUGGUCUGUGGGGCGGUCUGAUGCCUAGGAUUGUCAUGAUUGGCACACUCACUGCCGCUCAAUGGUUCAUUUAUGAUGCCGUCAAGGUCUUCCUGCGCAUGCCACGCCCACCACCACCAGAGAUGCCCGAAUCGCUGAAGAAGAAGCUGGGCGUGACUGGCGAGCAGUAAGGAGGCAAAUGUAGAAGUUAACCAGUUUUAAAUAUAUACAUACAGUAAAUAGUGCAAGCAGUGAAAUUGAACGAUUUAAUGCAAGUUGUAGAGAAAACAGGAUAAAUCAAAUAAACAUACCAAAAACUUAACAAAUUA